AUGAUGCGGUCCUCGAUUUGGGCUCUAUACGCAGCAUGUGCGCCUCUCAUUAAUGCUUUUCCAUCCUCGCCUAAGUGUUACCGGGAGUCUGCCUUCGCAGCAGAAGACAUCAUCGAGCGAGAUGUUCUCAUCGUGGGCGGCGGAGCAACGGGGACAUAUGCCGCCGUGAGCCUCAAAGACGAGGGAAAGACGUUUGCCAUCGUGGAGCGCUCUGAUAGGCUUGGGGGGCAUGUCGACACCCUGACGGAUUUAGUCGGUGGUGCUCCCAUUGACUACGGCGUGCAAGCCUACAUUGACAACAGCCAAACGAGGAACUUCUUCGGUCGCUUCAAUGUUUCUCUUGUCUCCGUCGGCCUGUCUCCACUCCCAUCGAAUAUCGUCGACUUCCAGUCAGGCUUCACGAUUCCCAAUGCGACGGCGCCGAACCCGAUGGACCUCAUGGGGCCGCUGGCCAACUUCCUCUUUUCCACCUUCAACUUUCCCGGCCUUGCUGAGGGUGCGUACGAUUUGCCUGAUCCCGUCCCCGAGGAUCUCUACCUUCCAUUUGGCAACUUUGUGGCCAAGUACAACCUGACUGAGGUCGUGCCCGUGGUUUGGAUCUUUGCUCACGGAGUCGGGAACCUGCUUGAAAUGCCGACUCUAUAUGUGCUCCAGAACUUUGGCCAGCCCCAUCUGCUCGGUCUACAGACGGGCUACCUAGCCGCUCCAGGCGGGAAUCAGGAGGUCUACGACAAAGCGGCCGCGUUCUUGGGAGACGACGUCUUCUACGAGAGCACCGUACUGCAAACCUCGCGCAGCAACGGCACCACUGUCGUGGUCAAGACGCCUACUGGGCACAAACUCAUCAAGGCCAACAAGCUCCUUAUCACGGUCCCACCGACGGUGAAGAACCUGGCGGGAUUCGACCUGGAUGAGGCAGAGAUGUCGGUCUUUAACCAGUGGAACAAUGUGCCGUAUUACGUCGGCGUGGUCAACAACACGGGCCUCCCUGACCUCACCAACUUCCUCAACGUCGAUCCCGCCGCCCCUGCCUUCCUGCCACAAAGUCCGUUCGUUUGGCGGCUUGAGUCGGUCGGCGUGCCUGGGUACCAGACUGUCAAGGUUGUAGGCGAGUCGGAUUCCACGCUAGCAAAGAAGCUGGUCACGGACGCCGUGGGUCGGAUCGCUGCAACAAGCUACAAUAUUUCAUCCACUGCUGUCGAGUUCGUCGCGUGGGAAGAGCACGACAAUCUACAGUUGAACGUGGCGCCUGAGGCAAUCAGGGACGGCUUCUAUCAGGAUUUGUAUGCUCUGCAGGGCCGGAGAAGCACGUAUUGGACGGGCAAUGCUUGGUGUUCGGACUACUCGCCCUUGCUAUGGGCAUUCACGGAGAACAGGAUACUGCCGUUGCUGUGA